UGUACACAUUGAACAGCUGAUUCUGACGUUAUGGAAGUUCUUGACACUUUCUGAAGAAUUGUCUUGAUUUUUUUUUUUAUUAUAAAACGUUCAAUUAUAUAUUGUACAAAAUGUUCAAACGGAACGGUAUAAAUCCAACAUGUUACGUUCUUGACAGACAAUAUCAAAAUAAAUGUGUGAUCCGAUCGAAAUUAUUUAGUGAAAGAUUAGCUAACGCUAGAAGUUUAUAUAAAAAAGAUCUUUUUGCUCAUUAUGGGUGUGUGAAUGCUAUCGAAUUUUCAAAUGAUGGUGAACUAUUAAUCUCUGGUGGUGAUGAUCGCCGGGUACUUCUUUGGUCUAUUCUCAACACAAUUCACGGCGAGGGAUCUCCAGUAUCUAUGCGAACAAAUCACUUGAGCAACAUAUUUUGUUUGGAUUUCGAUUCAAAAAAUUCCAGAAUUUUCUCUGGAGGCAAUGAUGAUCAGCUCUUGGUACAUGAUAUACAAACGAGACUUCUUGUAGAUAAAAUACUUCACAAAAAACCAAUAUAUGGCUUACACGUAAAUCCUCAAAAUGAUGAUAUUGUAGCAACUGCAGGCGACGAUGGAAGAAUAUUAAUUUAUGAUCUUAGGGAAACUUCUGAACCAAGAUCUGUUCUAUGCUUGGCUAAACAAAAAACUGGUUUUCACUCUGUUAUGUAUAAUCCAAGAAAUACGAAAUUGUUGACAACUGCAAAUGCGGAAGAAGGUAUCGCCCUCUGGGAUUGUAGAAAACCUAAAGAGCAAUUGAUUCAUUUCGAUUCACAAGCAGGUGCUGUAAGCGGAAUCAGUGCAUGCUUUAAUUCUUCAGGGUCUCGCAUUUUGGCUUUGAGAAGACGUCUGCCACCUGUUCUAUACAAUAGCCAGCAAGAAGAAAGUAUUUGUCAAUUUUAUCAUCCCAAUUAUUAUAAUUCUUGUACAAUGAAAACUUGUUGUUUUGCUGGAGAAAAUGAUGAAUAUGUUCUAAGUGGAUCUGAUGAUUUUAACCUCUACAUGUGGUCUAUACCAGAAGAUAAUAGUGAAUGGGGUUCAACACACUUAGUAUUAGAAGGACACAGAUCAAUAGUGAAUCAAGUGAGAUAUAAUAAACAAAACAAUGUGAUAGCUUCAUCAGGUGUAGAGAAAAUGGUUAAGUUUUGGACCACUCUUCCAGUUGGGGACUGGGAAGGUUCCUUACUGAAUGAAAUGAUUGAACCAGGAAGAUCAGUUUAUUCGCAUGAAGAAUAUAUUCGUCUGGUCGGAGUUACUGGAGAGAGGAUUUCACAUGAUUACAGUGAGCAUUCAAUUCUAGAAGAUUCGAGAAUGAUGGCAUUUUUUGAUUCUUUAAUUCAGAGAGAGAUAGAAGGAUGGGAAUCUAUGAAUAGCUCAAACAACUCUGAUUCUGAUAGUGAUUCUUCAACUCAGAGUUAUAAUAAAUUGAGUAAACUGAUGUAUAUAAACUCAAAGAUGAAUGAAGAACCUAAGAAAUCGAAACAAAAUAAAAUUGCCCAAUUGAUUUCCAAAAAGAGAAAAGUCCUUUUGAAAAUGGCACAUAAAAAAUCGAAGCAUCAAAGAAAUGGUAAAGUGAAAGACCCAGAUGAUAAGCAAGUCCGCUCUUGCAAAUGUAAAAGUACAACAAAACCAAAUAAAAACAAUUCUACCAAAAAGUCACCUAGAAAAGAAUUGCCUAAUGAAAGGAAAACACACGAGCCUUCUUCUGUGAGGGGUAAAUUGAAAAGAUAUAGAACGAAAGAAAGUUUGCGAGAUAUGUGUGAUAAUUUCAAUUCUUCAAUAGAUACACCCAGUACAAGUACUGGGAUAACCAGUUCACAUAACAAUCUUUUUCGUGUUAUAGAACAGGAUUCUGAAGAAGAUAUACCUCCUAAUGGCUGUGUUGAAAAUAGUAUUGUUCCAGAAGAAAACCUUGUCAAUAUUCUUCCUACGCCAAUCAAUGGUACACAAGAUAUGUUCGUUCACACCCUCACAACCUACUCAAAUGAUAAUUCUGGGUCUACUACUAGAGACAAUUCAGUAAGUUCUCCAUCAACUUCCAGACAAAACAGAUAUCGAUAUGACUCUGCUGUUUGUAUUGAUGGAGGAUUAGAUAGGGCCUCUUCUAGUAGUGACGCAACCUCUAGCUUUCCUAGAAGUACGUUCAAUGGUUCAUACCCUCCACUAGAAAUAAAUGCUGAUAACAGUGACAGUGAUAGUGAUAUUGACUAUGUUACACCUCCAAAAAAAAGGUGCACAAUAAGUGAUUUAGAUAGUGGUUUUGCAACAGGACCAAGUUCAAGUAUGAACUCCUAUGAGAAGAAUUCUAGUAGCCACCAAGAGUGUUCUGAUGAUGUUACUUCCUGCAGUUCGGAUGAUGAACUUAAAUAUGAAAGAUUCAGAAAACGCUUGAAGAAAAAUAAAAUCAACAAUAUUCGUAGAAGGAUAACGGAAGAUUCUGAUUCGAACUGAGGUUUUUAUUGAUAAUUCAGAUAUUCCUAUAUCAAGAAAUUGAAAGUUAGUUUCUUCCUUGAACUGUACUGCAUAUUAUUUCGUUUUUGCUGAAAUUAUAAUUUUAAGUGAGUGAUGGAAGUCUGAAUACCUAUUUUAAAUGAUUUUUAUCGAUUAUAUAUAAUUAAUUUUAAUGAAAAUAUUUCAUUAUUAGAAUGUUGAAUAUUUAUGUUGUAUGAAUGUGAAAAAUAAAAUGUUUAUGAAAUAAUGUUAAUGAAAAUGAUAAAUUUUUUAGGCGCGAUUAUUGGAGAUUUAAUUCCAAAGCUUCAAAACUAAAAUUCAAUUUCAUGUGUUGAUGUACUCUUCAAAAUCAACUCAUAUUUGUACAUCAUUUUAACAUAGGAAUUGAAAUUUCUUUUCCUAUUGGUUUAUGUUCCAAAAUAAAAUUUUAUUUGAUGAUUUAACUAAAAACCUGAGUAUCAUGUAAAUAGAUUAUGUUAUCUCAUGUGUUUUUAAAUCUUGUUGUUGAAGUUAAAUCUACUCAUUGUGCAAUAAAACUUUUCAUUUAUGUUUUAAAUGAAUCAAAUAUUUUGUCAUGACAGUAUAUUGCGUAUCUCAAUUUCUAUAAAUUGUUUAUUAUAUAUGAAAGUGGGAAGAAACUUUCUUAUUUUUGUUUCAGAGUUUAUGUAUCAAAUUAUCUGAUGUUUAAUUAAAUGCUAUAAAAAACUGAUUGAAAUAUUUUUCACAAGCCACAUUCAUAAUAGGUAUGUAUUGAUGAACUAAGACAUACUGCAAUUAUUGUUUCCAUGUGAUUAAUGCAUAUUCAAUUGAUAAUCAUUUAGAAUUGAAUUAUUAUUCCUUCAAUAAUUGAGUGAGGAUGUAAAUUUAUUGAAUUCCCAAAAAAAAAUCAUUAAAUACAUGGAAACUAGCGAAAUCGGCAGAAGACAUGUAUCUUUGUGGUUACUUCAUUUGAAACAGGAAAUUUAUAUCGCAGUUAACAUUUGUAAACUUGCAUAGAUAUGUCAAUUAAUAUACAUAUAUUGUUGAAAGUU